CAGCAGUAAUCACGAUCGAUCGGUCCUAUAGUAAUUGUCUGCAAACAAAACAAAUCCAUUUUCUUUUGCUCGGUAAUCUCGCCGCGUAUCCAUCCAUCCAGCCAUCUGCAUCUCCUGCAACCGCGAUGCAAUCUCCUUCCGCUCGGUAAUCCUCGCCGACAGUGAGUGAGUGACGCCGCCGCCGUCCGUCCUCCUCGAUUCCUCCCAUGCUCCCCUGCUUUUGAUUACCCCGAAGGCCAAAACCUCGCUAAACCCAUCGACUCAUUGAUUCGAGACUUCUUCCCUGUCUGUUCUCCAGCUAAUGCUGGGACGAUGAGGCGGGUGGCACCGGCGGCCGGCGCUCCUUCUCCACGGGAUGUCUACACACGCCACUUCUUCACCAGGUCGGACGGCUACGUCUGGGCCGCCUACGACAGCGGCGCCGGCGCGUUCGCCAGGCCGGCCGGCACCCGCCACCCCGGGGCCCGGAAGCCGCCGGAACGCCACCGCGUCGACCGCAACAGCUCUUCGCCGGCGGAGAGCAGCCGUGCCCUCCCGCGGAUCUGCAUCCGGGAGUCCGACGGCUGCGACGUCGACGAGGCGGAGGGCCCCGUGCUGUGCCUGGACGGCGCCGACACCCCGUGCAGCGUCAGGCAACGGAGGCGGCAGGGAAAGACCAUCUCCACGGACCACAAAAACUAUCACCUCAUGCUCAACCUGCAGCUCGGCAUCAGGCACGCGGUGGGGAAGUCGGCGGCGAAGCUGAUGCGGCCGCUCAAGCGGGCUGAUUUCGAUCCCGGAGAGAAGUUCUCGACGCGGUUCCCGCCGGCAGGGUCCAAGCUCACGCCUCCGCACCAGUCCUCCGAGUUCCGCUGGAAAGACUACUGCCCCAUGGUCUUCAGGCAUAUGAUGGAGUUGUUCGCCGUCAGUCCAGCAGAUUACAUGCUUGCAAUCUGCGGGGAUGAUGCCUUGCGGGGGCUGUCCUCGCCCGGAAAGAGCGGGAGCUUCUUCUACCUCACGCAAGACGAGCGAUUCAUGAUUAAGACUGUCAAGAAAUCAGAAGUGAAGCUGUUAAUCCGGAUGCUGCCGAGCUACUACAAACACGUUAGGCGGUACAAGAGCUCUCUGAUCACAAGGUUCUACGGUGUUCACUCCGUGAAGCCAAAUGGUGGGCAGAAGGUGAGGUUUAUUGUCAUGGGUAAUUUAUUCUGCGCAGAGCACCGGAUCCAUCGCCGUUAUGAUCUGAAAGGCUCCUCCUAUGGUCGAAAAUCCGACAAGUUUGGAGAGGACACUGACGGGGAAACCACGCUCAAGGACUUGGAUCUCAACUUUGUGUUUCGGAUGAAGCAGUCUCGGCAUAAACAGCUUCACGAGCAACUUAGACGAGAUUGCGCGUUUUUGGAAUCAGAAGGCAUUAUGGACUACAGUUUAUUGGUUGGUGUUCACUUUCGUGAUGAUAUCCCUGGAUCAAAGGUGGGGUUAUCUACUUUAACUACUUCUGAUCUUUCAGCCAACAUGGCGUCGACAUGUCAAGGCAGUGUCAGCAUGCCCAAGCCGUGCCUCUCAGCUAAAGAUUUGGAUCACCGGAAACCAUUGCCUAGACUUGGCACACGCUUACCAGCUCGAGCAGAGCGUCGUACGUCCAGCAGCAAGACCAACUCAUUUCUCUCCAGUAGCGGGGGAAGCGAAAACCGGGUGGAAGCCUAUGACGUCCUUCUCUACUUUGGAGUAAUCGACAUCCUUCGAGACUACGACAUCAGCAAGAAGCUCGAGCACGCGUACAAGUCGCUGCAGGCAGACCCUGGUUCGAUCUCCGCGGUGGACCCAAGACUCUACUCACAGAGGUUCCGGGAUUUCAUGAGCAGAGUCUUCGUCAAAGAGGGCUAGUGGGACACCAAACAAAUUGAACGGGAAAUGUGAAAUGUGAUUUCUCUAUGUACAGUAAAGAAGUUGAACAGGGUGAGUAGAGGGAGAUAAGGAGUAGUUGAGUUUUGAAACGUAACCAUGAGAAAGAGAAAAAGGUGUGGUGUCUGUACAUGGUGUUGAUUUGGUCAGUGAGAAGCACAUCUCUAGUUUUGUUUUCUUAGGUUUUGUAUAUAAAGUAUGUGUUGGACGAAGUGAAAGGCAGAGGGAGACAUGGUUGUUGUUUUUAUAUUUUGAGAGAAAGAGAAGAUGAGUAUAAGGUUGAUGGGUAGUACUGUGAUGAUAUGAUAAUAGGAAGAGAGAUCUUGUACAGACAACACUCUGAUGCAGGAGAAUGUGGAUGGAUAGUCUCCAAGAUGAUCUUUUGCAGUAUCUGCAUGUUGGGCACUC